AUGCUGCAGCCACGUGAUGGUGCUGUUCCACAGCUGAACCUUCCAGCAGGUGGACCGCAGCAGCACCAGCUGGCAGCUCCUAGUGCAGUUCCCCCGCAGAACCUUCCGCCAAGUGGACCGCAGCAGCAGGUGGCAGCUCCCAGCAGUGCAGUUCCCCCGCAGAACCUUCCGCCAAGUGGACCGCAGCAGCAGGUGGCAGCUCCGCCUAGUGCAGUUCAGCAGAACCUUGCGCCGAGUGGACCGCAGCAGCAGGUGACAGCUCCUAGUGCAGUUCAGCAGAACCUUGCGCCGAGUGGACCGCAGCAGCAGGUGACAGCUCCGUGUGCAGUUCCGCCGCAGAACCUUCCGGCAAGUGGAGCGCAGCAGCAGCAGGUGGCAGUGGCAGCUCCUGGUGCAGUUCCGCCGCAGAACCUUCCGGCAAGUGGACCGCAGCAGCAGGUGACAACUCCUAGUGCAGUUCCGCAGAACCUUCUGGCGAGUGGCCCCCCGCAGCAGGUGGCAGCUCCUAGUGCAGUUCCGCCGCAGAACCUUCCGGCAAGUGGAGAGCAGCAGCAGCAGGUGGCAGCUCUUAGUGCAGUUCCGCAGCAGAACCUUCCGGCAAGUGGCCCCCCGCAGCAGGUGGCAGCUCCCAGUAGUGCAGUUCCGCCGCAGAACUUUCAGGCAAGUGGACCGCAACAGCAGGUGGCAGCUCCGCCCAGUCCAGCUCAGCAGAACCUUCCUCCAGCAAGUGGACCGCAGCACGUGGCUCCGGGUGCAGUUCCGCAGAACCUUCCAGGUGGACCGCAGCAGGUAGCAACUCCUUGUGCAGCUCCGCAGCAGAACCUUCCACCAGCAGCAGGUGGAAUGCAGCAGAUGGCGGCUCCUUGUGCAGCUCCCCAGCAGAACCUUCCGCCAGCAGCAGGUGGACCGCAGCAGGCGGCAGCUCCGUGCGCAGUUCCCCAGCAGAACCUUCCGCCACAGCAGGUGACAGCUCCAAGUGCAGUUCCGCAGCAGAACCUUCCGGCAAGUGGACCGCAGCAGGUGGCAGCUCCUUGUGCAGUUCCGCAGCAGAACCUUCUCCUGGCAAGUGUACCACAGCAGCAGGUGAUGACAGCUCCAGGUGCACAGACGGCAGCUCCAAGUGCAGUUCCCCCGCAGCAGAACCUUCCGGCAAGUGGCCCCCCUCAGCAGCAGGUGCCAGCUCCAAGUGCAGUGCCCCCGCAGAACCUUCCGGCAAGUGGCCCCCCGCAGCAGGUGGCAGCUCCUAGUGCAGAUCCGCCGCAGAACUUUCCGGCAAGUGGACCGCAGCAGCAGGUGGCAGCUCCGCCUAGUGCAGUUCAGCAGAACCUUCCGCCAGCAAGUGGACCGCAAGAGGUGACAGCUCCGUGUGCAGUUCCGCAGAACCUUCCGCCAGCAAGGACGCUCCUGCAGCAGCCUGGAACUCCCUCCAUUUUGGAGAUGGUGCAAGAGCUUGAAACGCAGAUGGAUCAGGAGGAGCCAAUCAGUGUGAAUGACACGCCCGAACCCCCGCCCCGGCUGAAUCGCAGCGCUGUGUCAACACUGGCUUCGGCUGCUUCCUUUGAUGACACAUCAAAGGACUUGGUUGCACCGGACACGUCAGCAGCACUGCUGGUGAAGGCACCGUCGCCGUCGCCGACUCCCGUGACGGCGAAAGCGAAAAGUGCGGCAAGGACGAAGCCGAAGGCUGCUGCUGUGAAGGAUGAGUAUGCGCUGCCGGAGCUGACCUUGCAGGAGAAGGCGAUGUAUGGCAACUUCUGGUCGCGGUACCGCUCGAGCAGCUCGCUGUCGUUGACCAGUGAUGCGGAUUCCGUCGACUCCGACAUCAGCCAACCUGUGCCGAAGGGGCCGCCGGCAGUACCCCAGCCGAUGCCGUUGCCGACUGUGCCGCUUCAGCAGCAGACGACAGCAGCUGCAGCAAAGCCGACGAGUGAUGCCAUGACGACGAUGCUGGCGACGGUUCUCAGCACGGCGGUGAGCCAUGGUGUUGAUGCAGCGGGGCUUGCGGCCAUUCAGCAGACCAUGGCCAGCAUUGUGGCUGCUGCAAAAGCCCCUGAUGCUGGAGUCGAGGCCGUUGACAAGACGAAGAUCAUCGACUCGCAGCCGGCUUUGCCGCCAAGCCCUUUUUCGACGCCUUUGCCGGCCAGCACAGCAGCAAGCCCUUCGACGCCUUUGCCGCCGGCAAGCACAGCAAGCCCUUCGACGCCUUUGCCGCCGCCGAGCACUGCGAGCCCUUCGACGCCUUUGCCGCCACAGACCGCUGUGACGAAAGCCCCGCCGACAGGACCUGCUCCUUCGACGCCUUUGCCACCGCAGACCGCUGUGACGAAAGCCCCGCCGACGGGACCUGUGGUCAACUCAAGCACCCACAGGACUGAGUACCGCUCGUUCCAACGCUUUUGCGAGAACUCACCGGGAGCAGUGGAGUUGAAGAAGGUGUGGGUGCAGGGCGGACCGCGCUUGGCAAUGUUCCAGAAGUUUGUUCUGACAGGCUGUGGUAACCCUGCGGCUUUGGAAUGUGCCCUCCAGUUCCGCCGGCAGAGCGAGGAGGAGAGCAAAGACGAAGGUGAAUAUUAUUGCUGGCGUGAUAUACUCGCCUUUCACGAGGGCAACGAACAGAAGGCCUUAUCCUUCAUUGCAAGACGCAGAGCAGAGCCCAAAGGGACCAGUUGCGAUCGGAAUGAUCCUGAUAUGGAGACAUUUCUAUAUUACGGCCGCCAGCGACGGACCCUGACGGUUCGUACGAUCGACGAAAUCGCAAUCAGCAUGGGCGUCUGCCCGAACUUCGCCACGUCCGUGGCGGCACAGCUGGACUCCAUGAACGGCGCCCUGCCAGUUGCUGAUGGGGCUACUUCUUCGGUGAACCCGCCAGUGCCGGCCCCCGGCAAGGCGGCUCCAAAGGGAAAAGGCAGUGCGCCUGCGCCACCCGGCACGACGACGGAAGACCCCCAGCCGCCGCCCAAGAAGGCGAAAGUUCCGAAGCCGGAGGGAUCCGACAUGGAGUUGAUCUGCAGUGGAGAGAACGUUGGACUUUUCGUGAAGUCGUGGGUGGCCGCGGCGAACACGGCCCAGGGGCAAGCCGUGAAAACGUGUGCAGAGUUGGAGGUCCUCGAGAGCCAGGAGGCUUUGAUGGGGAAGAUUAAGGACUGUGCCGAAGGCAUCGGGGCUUGUCGCAAGAAGCUCCAGCUCAUGGGGACAGAGCCAGUGGCCGCCGAUGUGCAAUCGGCCCUGCUGGAGGCUACCGUGUUUGUGGAGGGUUUCAAGAAGCAUCUUCGAGUGGCGAAUGGUGGACCGCAGCAGCACCAGCUGGCAGCUCCUAGUGCAGUUCCCCCGCAGAACCUUCCGCCAAGUGGACCGCAGCAGCAGGUGGCAGCUCCCAGCAGUGCAGUUCCCCCGCAGAACCUUCCGCCAAGUGGACCGCAGCAGCAGGUGGCAGCUCCGCCUAGUGCAGUUCAGCAGAACCUUGCGCCGAGUGGACCGCAGCAGCAGGUGACAGCUCCUAGUGCAGUUCAGCAGAACCUUGCGCCGAGUGGACCGCAGCAGCAGGUGACAGCUCCGUGUGCAGUUCCGCCGGCAAGUGGAGCGCAGCAGCAGCAGGUGGCAGUGGCAGCUCCUGGUGCAGUUCCGCCGCAGAACCUUCCGGCAAGUGGACCGCAGCAGCAGGUGACAACUCCUAGUGCAGUUCCGCAGAACCUUCUGGCGAGUGGCCCCCCGCAGCAGGUGGCAGCUCCUAGUGCAGUUCCGCCGCAGAACCUUCCGGCAAGUGGAGAGCAGCAGCAGCAGGUGGCAGCUCUUAGUGCAGUUCCGCAGCAGAACCUUCCGGCAAGUGGCCCCCCGCAGCAGGUGGCAGCUCCCAGUAGUGCAGUUCCGCCGCAGAACUUUCAAGCAAGUGGACCGCAACAGCAGGUGGCAGCUCCGCCCAGUCCAGCUCAGCAGAACCUUCCUCCAGCAAGUGGACCGCAGCACGUGGCUCCGGGUGCAGUUCCGCAGAACCUUCCAGGUGGACCGCAGCAGGUAGCAACUCCUUGUGCAGCUCCGCAGCAGAACCUUCCACCAGCAGCAGGUGGAAUGCAGCAGAUGGCGGCUCCUUGUGCAGCUCCCCAGCAGAACCUUCCGCCAGCAGCAGGUGGACCGCAGCAGGCGGCAGCUCCGUGCGCAGUUCCCCAGCAGAACCUUCCGCCACAGCAGGUGACAGCUCCAAGUGCAGUUCCGCAGCAGAACCUUCCGGCAAGUGGACCGCAGCAGGUGGCAGCUCCUUGUGCAGUUCCGCAGCAGAACCUUCUCCUGGCAAGUGUACCACAGCAGCAGGUGAUGACAGCUCCAGGUGCAGUUCCGCAGCAGAACCUUCCAGCAGGUGCGCAGCAGGUGGCAGCUGCAAGUGCAGUUCCCUGGCAGCAGAACCUUCCGGCAAGUGGCCCCCCGCAGCAGACGGCAGCUCCAAGUGCAGUUCCCCCGCAGCAGAACCUUCCGGCAAGUGGCCCCCCUCAGCAGCAGGUGCCAGCUCCAAGUGCAGUGCCCCCGCAGAACCUUCCGGCAAGUGGCCCCCCGCAGCAGGUGGCAGCUCCUAGUGCAGAUCCGCCGCAGAACUUUCCGGCAAGUGGACCGCAGCAGCAGGUGGCAGCUCCGCCUAGUGCAGUUCAGCAGAACCUUCCGCCAGCAAGUGGACCGCAAGAGGUGACAGCUCCGUGUGCAGUUCCGCAGAACCUUCCGCCAGCAAGGACGCUCCUGCAGCAGCCUGGAACUCCCUCCAUUUUGGAGAUGGUGCAAGAGCUUGAAACGCAGAUGGAUCAGGAGGAGCCAAUCAGUGUGAAUGACACGCCCGAACCCCCGCCCCGGCUGAAUCGCAGCGCUGUGUCAACACUGGCUUCGGCUGCUUCCUUUGAUGACACAUCAAAGGACUUGGUUGCACCGGACACGUCAGCAGCACUGCUGGUGAAGGCACCGUCGCCGUCGCCGACUCCCGUGACGGCGAAAGCGAAAAGUGCGGCAAGGACGAAGCCGAAGGCUGCUGCUGUGAAGGAUGAGUAUGCGCUGCCGGAGCUGACCUUGCAGGAGAAGGCGAUGUAUGGCAACUUCUGGUCGCGGUACCGCUCGAGCAGCUCGCUGUCGUUGACCAGUGAUGCGGAUUCCGUCGACUCCGACAUCAGCCAACCUGUGCCGAAGGGGCCGCCGGCAGUACCCCAGCCGAUGCCGUUGCCGACUGUGCCGCUUCAGCAGCAGACGACAGCAGCUGCAGCAAAGCCGACGAGUGAUGCCAUGACGACGAUGCUGGCGACGGUUCUCAGCACGGCGGUGAGCCAUGGUGUUGAUGCAGCGGGGCUUGCGGCCAUUCAGCAGACCAUGGCCAGCAUUGUGGCUGCUGCAAAAGCCCCUGAUGCUGCUGCUGGAGUCGAGGCCGUUGACAAGACGAAGAUCAUCGACUCGCAGCCGGCUUUGCCGCCAAGCCCUUUUUCGACGCCUUUGCCGGCCAGCACAGCAGCAAGCCCUUCGACGCCUUUGCCGCCGGCAAGCACAGCAAGCCCUUCGACGCCUUUGCCGCCGCCGAGCACUGCGAGCCCUUCGACGCCUUUGCCGCCACAGACCGCUGUGACGAAAGCCCCGCCGACAGCAGGACCUGCUCCUUCGACGCCUUUGCCACCGCAGACCGCUGUGACGAAAGCCCCGCCGACGGGACCUGUGGUCAACUCAAGCACCCACAGGACUGAGUACCGCUCGUUCCAACGCUUUUGCGAGAACUCACCGGGAGCAGUGGAGUUGAAGAAGGUGUGGGUGCAGGGCGGACCGCGCUUGGCAAUGUUCCAGAAGUUUGUUCUGACAGGCUGUGGUAACCCUGCGGCUUUGGAAUGUGCCCUCCAGUUCCGCCGGCAGAGCGAGGAGGAGAGCAAAGACGAAGGUGAAUAUUAUUGCUGGCGUGAUAUACUCGCCUUUCACGAGGGCAACGAACAGAAGGCCUUAUCCUUCAUUGCAAGACGCAGAGCAGAGCCCAAAGGGACCAGUUGCGAUCGGAAUGAUCCUGAUAUGGAGACAUUUCUAUAUUACGGCCGCCAGCGACGGACCCUGACGGUUCGUACGAUCGACGAAAUCGCAAUCAGCAUGGGCGUCUGCCCGAACUUCGCCACGUCCGUGGCGGCACAGCUGGACUCCAUGAACGGCGCCCUGCCAGUUGCUGAUGGGGCUACUUCUUCGGUGAACCCGCCAGUGCCGGCCCCCGGCAAGGCGGCUCCAAAGGGAAAAGGCAGUGCGCCUGCGCCACCCGGCACGACGACGGAAGACCCCCAGCCGCCGCCCAAGAAGGCGAAAGUUCCGAAGCCGGAGGGAUCCGACAUGGAGUUGAUCUGCAGUGGAGAGAACGUUGGACUUUUCGUGAAGUCGUGGGUGGCCGCGGCGAACACGGCCCAGGGGCAAGCCGUGAAAACGUGUGCAGAGUUGGAGGUCCUCGAGAGCCAGGAGGCUUUGAUGGGGAAGAUUAAGGACUGUGCCGAAGGCAUCGGGGCUUGUCGCAAGAAGCUCCAGCUCAUGGGGACAGAGCCAGUGGCCGCCGAUGUGCAAUCGGCCCUGCUGGAGGCUACCGUGUUUGUGGAGGGUUUCAAGAAGCAUCUUCGAGUGGCGAAUGAACACUCGGUUUUCACGUGGGCCGGGGAGCCAGCUCCGGACUUCUUCAAGAAGUGGCGUCUGCGGCCGUCGCAGAAGCAGGGGAUGCAAAUGUACCAGGUGGGCUGCGAGUUUGGGCGCAUCAGGGCGGGCACUGUCGACUGGCUGGACUGGUGGCAGAAGGCCAAGAGCGAGCCAUGGGGGAAUCAUCCGGUGCAGUCCUGGCCGGAGGAGGCCAGGCAAAAAGCGGUGGCCGUGUCGAUUCACGGCGAUGAGGGUACUGGGAAGAGGAGCAAAAGCAUCUUGAUCCUGUCGCUUUCGCCCUUGGCCAUCCACCGGGGCGACUCGAUGCUGCAGAAGUUCCCGUUCUGUGUUGUGCGAUCAGACAGAUUUGUCUACGACAACGGCCAGAAUAUCACGCUUCAGGCGCUACAGCGCUACUACGCCGAUUCCUUUCGGAUUUGUGGCGACCCCGCCAGCGAAGGCCAACACGGAUGGACCAUGCACCCUGUCAUAUCGAAGGGAGAUUGGAAGCACAAAAGGGAAUGGUUGGAACAAUGUAGAAGCUACGGGAACCUUGCUAGCAAUGCUCCUCGUGAGCAGAACGCCGGCAGAAUCUGCCCGAGAUGCUUGUGCGAUGGCAGCACACCUGGAAAGCAUUGGGCUGACAUGCGUGAGGGCUUCGAUAACCAGGCAGACUUGGAUGAAGCUUCGAAUGAUAGUAGCUAG